GGAGGUGUCUUCGCAGGUGCGUGCGCGCAGGUAUACCCCCCACACGCCGCGAGGCUGCCUGCGCCCCCGCCCGCGCCCCCGCGCCCGCCAUCUUGAAUUCCGUUCACUCAGACCCGCGCGCGACUCGCGGCCAGCACGUACACCUCCGCGCCCGACCGCUCCGCGACAUAUUUGUGUUUCCAAGUGAUUCAGUGUCAUGUUGUGAUAGUGCAGUGACGAAAUGGAGUCGACGCCGAUAUGUCGGUGCCGAGUGCUCUACCUCGGCUCCGCGGUGCCGCAGCAGAGCAAGGAUGGACUGCAAGGCAUCCAGGAACCGCUGCGCGAGUUGUAUCCGGAAAAGGGAGCGACGAGCGGCGGCAUCGACUCGUGGCUGUCCGUGUGGUCGAACGGAAUCCUGCUCGAGAACAUUGACGAGAGCGGCUCGAGAGUGGCGCGCUUCUUCCCGAUAUCGAGCCUGCACUACUGCGCCGCGGUGCGCAGGGUCACGGUGGAGGGUGCGCCUCGGUUCCUGCCCCUGGACUCCCCGUUCGCCCGGGCCCCGGCUCCGCGCCGCCCGCCCCUGUUCGCAGCGGUGCUGCGUCGCACACAGGGUAUCAAGGUGCUCGAGUGCCACGCAUUCAUCUGCCGCCGCGAGGCAGCCGCGAACGCGCUGGUGCGCUGUUGCUUCCAUGCAUAUGCUGAUAGUUCAUACGCUAAGCGACUGGAGGCCGAGCGCGCUCCCUCACAUCUGCCAGCCGACCAGGACGAGGAGCUGGAAGUGUACGACGGAGAUGAGAACCACAAGGUGUGGGUAGGAGAGACAGAGCGCGACGACGCCAGUGACGAUAUCCCUCACCCAGCGCGCGCGCCUCGUCCGCGGCAGAUAACGCGACCAGCGUCGGUCCCGCCACCACCACCGCCUCCCGAAGAGCCCAAAAAGAAGACUGCUACUGCGAAAAAGACGAAAAAGAAAUCGUCAGCGUCAGCAGACGAGCUGUACGCGGGCCCCGCCCCCAUGAUGAACGGGCGGUCGCUGGGCCGCGCGCCGCCCGCCUGGGCCGCCGCGCACCCCAUGGUGCUGGUGGCGCACCCCGCCGCCACGCUGCCGCACGCGCGCCCCGCCACACUGGGACACCGGGGGCGAGUGCCCGCAGCACUGGCCGCCGGGCCGUUCCCUCCGGGGCCUCCAGGUCCGCCAGGCCCCGGUAGGGGGCGCUUACAGUACGCCACAGUGGACCCUAGGCGCUCGAAGCCGCCGCCACCGACUGCCAUGAAGGCUGCGCAGAGUAUGACAGGGCUGGAGGCAGUGGAGGACGCUGGCGGCAUCUACAGGAAGAAGGGGCACUUAAACGAGCGCGCCUUCUCGUACAGCAUCCGACAGGAGCACCGCAGCAGGUCGCACGGCUCUCUCGCCAACCUGAAGUUUGCAGCUCCACCCGAGGUGGAGUCAGGUCGCGAGGAACUGAAGAAGGAGCGGGAGAUCAUGCAGCUGGUGGCCGGCCUGCAGCUCGGCGAGGACGAGCGCCGGGACAUGCCGCAUGUCAUGCGCCAGAGACACGCGCCCAGAUAACACAACGCCACAGUUGAAAGGGCGCCAUCUAUCGGCCGAUGACGGGAAGCGCACCAUCGGAGCCAAUGAGCCAACACACUUUACCUCGACCACGAAACAAAACGAAUACAACCAAAUAAUUUGUGCACAAUUAUGGCCAGGGAACUACAUUUUGUGAGAAUAAUGAACUGUUUUACUAUAGAUGAAGCGUUUGAAAACUGUUUUAGUGAUGGUUUUAUAUAAAGAUGUGAUUAAGAAUGCCUAUGGUUUUCUAAACUGCCCAUUGCUGUAACAUUAGAACUUGAGACAUGAUAUUUACCAUGUUUAUUUAUGUCUAUCUGCCGUACUCAGAGUCAUUUAAUGGUUACUUAGCCCAGUCCUUAGCAAUUGUUUUCGAUACAAAAUCGUUACUAAGGAAUAGUUUAAGUAAUCAUUAAAUGUCUCUGAGUGUGGCAGUAUGAGUUUCCGAUAUUUCGGCACUGUUGCAAGCGCCAUGAUCACGGAUGAAAUAUCGGAAACUCAAUCAAAUAAACAUGGUAAAUAUCCCGUCUUAAGUUGUAAUGAUAGUGUUAGUGACCAUGUCAGUUUUAAAACUUAUGUCCAUUGCUGUGUUCUAGUGCGAUAUUUGUAAUUGUGUAACAUUCCAAAUCACCAAUACAUAAGUAUCUUAAAAACAAAACAGCAAUUGAAAAGAACGUGUCAUUUAUAUAAAAAAAAUGUAGUAACCCUAUAAAAUACAACAAUCACAUUACAAAACGAGAACGCGGCAUAUCGAUACAACAAAUCGAAGUUUCACUUAAUCGAUUUGUCACGAACGUUCUCGAGUUGUUGCCGAUUAUCGAUUAAUUACUUUAGAAAUCCGUACCUUUAUAAAACAGGGUACCUAAGAGAGUGUAAUUUAAUUUUUUGCUAGUAAUUAAAUAUCGAUUUUUGAUCCACGGAUGGUGAGAAAUAAUUUGUGAGGGAUAUAUGAGUUUUGGAGCUCUAUUACGGCAGUUGAACGGUCCAAUAAAAUUUUGUAUUAAGUAAAAAAAUUAAAGGUUAUAUUGUUAAUAUCAUUUGUAUAUUUUCAUUUAAUUAAUGUUUAGUUGUACCCUUAGUAUGAGUUUGCUUUACGUUUAACGUAAUCGAAACGAGAGCGCGCUGUGAUUGGUUAGUUUAUUUGAGCUGGCCAAUCAUAGCGUCAAACGCGCUCUCGUUUUGAGAUCUGUAUACGUAAAACAAACUCGUACUAAGGGCACUGUUUAGAGUACGUUUCGUUAUAUACUCGUUGUGUCUCUAUUUUAUUUUACGUGAGCAUUUUUUCUACAUAUUUCUUUCUAUUUUCUAUUCACAAGGAAACUUCAUAGACUGCAAUGAUACCUAUACAAUUUUAAUAUGAAAUACUUCUCAGUAAGCAUAAAGUUAUUAGACUGUUUCAUUAUUUAUGAAACGUCACGAAAUCGUGAUGAUACAAUGAUAAUAUCAAAUGGAUAAAGUACCUACAGUUAAAUACAUGGUAAUAGUAUUUUUUAUAUAAAAAAAAUAGACACGUAGACAUAAUUUAUUUAAAAAAAUCGAGUCACCGAAUUUUACCCUGCAUAAACACAAAUGCCUUAAAAAAAUGCUUACUUCUAGCUAUGCAUUUUAAUAAUUAUGAUAUUGAUGUCAACAAAAUUAAAUACAUAUAUGUACAUAUUUUAUCAUACUAAAGAAUGCUUAAUCUUUCGUCAGUCAUACAUAACUAAAAUCAUUAUUAAAUAAUUGCAUUAUUUUGAAAAUAAACACAUAAUAUAUAAACUCAGCGAUUAAGUAUAUAACGAAACGUGUUCUGAACAUAAUUGUAUGCACGUAGUAUAUAAGCACUAUAUAGUCAUUUAUAUACCUAUUUAAUUGUGCCUUAAUAUCAGAGAAAAUGGUUAAGUUAGUUAGUAUUCCGAUCGAAGUUGUAAGUCAGAUAAUGAGUACUAAGUAAUCAUAGAUUCUUCAAUAUGUUUUGACAGUUUAUUUUAUGAUUAUUUUGCUAUAAAGAAUUUUUGUAAUGAAGGCCGUGUAACCUAGGUUUUCCAUGGUGAUUUUUCGACCAAAAUUUAUAACCAAUUUUAAUCUGAAAUGUCUAGAACUUCUUUUUAUUUCUUAAAUGGCUUCUCUGGAUGUAUCUCGAUAUCUUUAUGUCAGAAACUUUAAACAUCGAAUGUAUUAAAUCGAUGACAAUAUCCCAUCUUCUAACCAAACAUCCCCAAAAAUGCAAAAGGCAAGGAACCUUAGUCUGCUAUUACAAUUGUGACAGAAUGGUCGAUCAUUGAGCAGUGCAAGAGGGACGGAGCUAUACAACCUACAUAGCUCCGUCCCUCUUGCACUGUUUAAUGAUUGAUCAUUCUGACACUAUUGUAAUAGCAGACUAAGGCCCCAGUCACGGGUGGUGCCGAUUGCUUUUAAGAUUUUAGAUUGAGAAUGGUUUUUAAUUUUGAAUGUUAGCUGUGCAUACAUUACCGAGAUAUUGUAUAACGUAUAUAAACCUAUAUGUAUAGUGUACCUACAUUACUGUAACCUUAUAUUAUACAGGCUGAAGUUUCUUACUCGAUAAAUGUAUGCUAAGCUAAAAUCAACCAUGUCGGCAAACCUUAAAGUGUACAUUUAACCUCCUUAAAACAAUGUAAUAUUUAGAUAGAUACUUAACAGCAACUUAAUAUAACGUUAUUUGUGUUAAGCAACUCGUUAAACAUCAGGUAAACGGGUGUUAUACUUGAAAUAACGGUUUUGUUUACAAAGUUGCGUUUAUGAACUGACUUUUCAUUUAGAGUUUGGUUUCAAGAUGGUAUUAAGUCUUAUUGCAUGAUUUGUGAACAUUGAAUAGAACCUUAUUUUUUUAUUGGAACUUUAUGUAAAAAUGAAAUAAAUUGUCGAAUCCAAAGUAUAUCAAGCGUUGAAUUUCUAGAACUGUUUUUGUAAUCAUUUAUAGACUGUGUGUUGUAAACCUUUUCAUACUAAUAAACCUAAUCAAAAUAAGAAUAGGGAUCAAUAACUUGGUACAUAAAUAUAUAAAACAUUAACUGUAGGUGUACUUAUUUCAAGUUAUUUCAUCUUAUUUUUGUUGCUAUUGAGAAGAAUUCAGUAAUUUAUUUCAAAGCUACCUACGAAAUUGUUAUAUAAUUAUAAAAUAUUUUUUCAUUAUUUAAUCAGCCCCUAAGAAAAAUACACCAAGACUUUUUUCAUAUACGUAUAUAAAUUGUUUCUCUCUUUUACUUAAGCUAAUCUUAUCGAGGUUAUGGAAACUGGUUUAAACAGUUUAUGAUCCUAUUCUUAUUUUAAUAAGUCACAUAUUUGCUUGUCGAUUUAUUUAAAGGAAAAUGGUCGCAUUUGUAUGAGAAGGCACUUUAAGUACCUUAGCAAGAAUUAGAUAACGUGUGUACAAAACUAAAGUUUUAGUCAAAGUAGAAAGGAAUAUUGUAAGUGGGUAUUGUAUAGGAUAGGUAGGAGAGAAAUUACUAGCAGUUGUACUAAGAAUUAUCCUUAAAAUAUGGAGAAAAUCACCCAAAUUUCAUAUGUUUUUGGGUUAAUUUUAUGUAUAAGUCAGCUAUAAGAAAUCUAUUAUUUAUUUGGAUAAUGGUAACGUAAUGAUUUCUUGUUAUUAUGUUACCUAAGUUGUAAGCUAGAAUGUCUAUGGUAAGCAACUAAUUUGGCUAACAUGGACAUUCCAUUUAAAAAUUAACCUAAUUUGGGUGAUGGAUAAUUCUACGCACACAACUGUAAUUUGUCCCAAUUUUCACGUUCGAUACAAGCAUUUUGUUAUUUUUAAAAUAACAACGAAUUAUGAUUAUUUAAUUACUGGUUUUAAAAUGGCGAGAAAUGUAAUGUGUAAUUUGUGAGAGGUCUCGAUUUAUGGUAUCAGCGCCAUCUAUUGGGUGGGGAAGCGAAACUUUCGAUGUUGAUUUCGAGCAUUUACACACCAAGAAACUAGUAUCCAUGUAAUUAAUCAUUUAGUAAGAAAUAAAAAAAUAUAAUUAUUUAAUAAUAAUAAAAAAAUCAUGUAAAUAGUAUUGUUUUUUUCGCAAAAAAUAUUAAUGUCAUCAUCAAAUAUUUUAGGCUAUGAGUGCCAUUAAAGUUUAUAUCAUUCCUAGUUUAUUUUUUUAUUAAUUAAUUAAUAAGAUAGGGUUGCCUAUCAUGUGGGAUUAUUAUAGGGAUGUCAUUCACACGAGGUGAGUAAACAAGCCAGUUGCUAAUCGAGCUACUGGCUCAAUGGGGCUACUGUAUUUUUGCUCAACAGAUGGCGUUAGUGUGUAACUCUUGUUCUUCGUCCAAUACGGAAUUAGUUAGUAUUACACUAUUGGACGUUCAAUACAUGACAGUGGCGGUGAUUGGACAAACAGACUUCUUGCUGGAUUUACGCCAUUUGGUGAGCAGAAAAAUGGUAGCCCCUAUUACUAGUCUCGUGUUGAUCAAAUUUUACGUAUUUUUGUGGUUAUAAUAUGUUGAUUAUUGUUUGUGUAAUAAUAAUAAAAAUGAAUUAGAUUCUCAAUGCAAAACGAUUUGAAAAAUUUGUACAAUAAAGCGUGUUAGAUAAUGAUGUCAAUAAUUAUGUUAAUGGUGAUUAUAUCAACGAACAGACAACGAUGUAUUCAAUUUAUUAUUGUAGUUAUUCAAAUAAAUAUAGUCUGUAACAUAUAA